GGACCCAGUUUUUAAUUUCGGCCCUCUGUGUAUUUAAGUUUGACACCCCUGUAGUAAAGCAUAAACCUUAAUGUAUUAAAUCAUAAUUUGUUUCCUGUUCAUCCUAUAUGCCCCCAGGCUGACGUGUGAUUAUCGUGAGAAUCACUCCCUCAUCCCUCCCUGGUGCAGUGGUUUGCCCCAAAAGAUAAGCCGUCACUCCACCUACUGUCACGCCUGAACCUGUUUAAAGAGAAAGCACGCCGACUCAACUCUCAGUAUACACUGUGAGCGUGUGGACCACCUCUCGCUGUAGUCUAGGCUGUUAGUGGCAGUUGUGUCGUCAUCAUGACAUACAGCACCAUUGCUGUCAUCUUUAGCGUACUGAGCUCCUGCAAUGCCAGUGGCAAACUUUUAGUUUUUCUCAUUGAUGGACUCCGCUACGACUACCUCGAUAAUUUGCAAAAUUUGCCUGGGUUCCGGGAGAUUGUGGAAAACGGAGUCAAAGUGGAUUACAUGACUCCAGAAUUCCCCAGUCUGUCCUAUCCCAACUACUACUCACUCAUGACAGGCCUAAACUCUGAAGAGCACCAGAUGACUGGGAACUACAUGUGGGACAUGGACUCCAAUAAGGAGUUCCUAAUCGGCUCCAACGCAGACAGCCGCUUGCCUCUGUGGUGGAACGGAUCUGAACCGCUCUGGGUGACUAUGGAGAAACUGAAGAAGAGAGUCUACAUGUACUACUGGCCAGGUUGUGAGGUGGAGAUUCUAGGAGUGAGGCCAUCUCUCUGUGAACCGUACAUACCCAACGCCUCUGAGAGGAACCUGACCGAUGCCAUGGAGCGAGCCCUUGAUGCAUUAGAUAAUGGUCAAGCAGACAUGGCUGCAGUGUAUUAUGAGAAGGUGGAUGCCGUAGGCCACUUCUUUGGACCCCAAUCACUCGAGUUGACAGGAACUGUCCUUGGGCUGGAUGCUGCCAUGCAGUUUCUCAACCAAAAGAUCACGGCGAAAAACAUGAGCAAUGACCUGAACGUCGUCAUGUUCUCCGAUCAUGGCAUGACUGAGAUCACAAACGUCAUUGAACUGGACAAACACAUCAACUUGUCUGACAUCAUCAAGGUGCUGGACCUUGGCCCUGUUGUGAGCCUGUGGCCCAAACAAGCAAAGUUUGAAGAGAUAUUCACAGCGCUCAGUGCAGUGGAGAACAUGACAACCUACCGCAAAAGUGAGAUCCCCGAUCGAUUCCAUUACAAGGAAGGGAGGUUUGUUUCAACUCUGACUCUUGUUGCUAAACAAGGCUGGAUCAUCACGCCUAGCAUAUCAGCCUUGCCUGUCCCGCCAAGUGCCACUGGAAACAGGAAGUUUGGUGCUCAUGGCUACGACAAUGAACUUGUUGAAAUGAGAGGCUUCUUUGUAGCAAAAGGCCCAGAUUUCAAAGCCAACUUCAGCGCUGAACCAAUCAGAGCAGCAGAUAUCUAUAAUGUUAUGUGUCACACCCUUGGGAUCGAGGCUCUCCCCAAUAACGGCUCUUUCGACCGGGUGAGGGCCAUGCUGAACCGGUCAUCCAGUAUAACCCAGCAAAGCUGUGCCCUGGUUUGGCUAGGACUGUUUAGUCUGUUUAUUCACCUACAUGUGUAACCUUACUGAAAACCAUCCCAAUUAUUACUGUUUCUACUGGGGAGGGGUGUGUGUGUCCAAUGCCCCUCAAUGCCAGUGCUGCCACUAAGUUAAGCUUUAGUGAAAAUGAAUGCAAUGUUGAAUUGUUAUUUAUGUUCUUUAGGGUAUGUGGAGAAUAUGAUGAGAUUACUACUAUUCAUUCAGUUUUUUCUCCUUGUGGCUAUGGUUGAAAUGUUUUUUUUUUUUUAAACGUGACAUGACUCGAACUUUUCGAUCUUUGCCAGAUAUGUCUGUAAUAACUAUCAGCUGUCCCUAAAUAUAGCAGCUUUUAAAACUGAUUUCGGUGCUGUAGUUCACCUCUCAUCUUGAAUUAUAUCCAAUUGAUCAAACUAAACAUUCAUUUGAUACUUUUGUUGUGUGUAAUGUUUUUUCUAAUGUUUUGUAAGUCAUUUUGGACAAAAGUGUCUGCUAAAUACCUUAACAAUGGCCAUAAACACAUCCACCUACUUACUUUAACUACCGGUAACCACCUAGUUACUUUUUUCCAAGCCCUCCCCUACAUCUUCACAUUUAGCUGCUAUUUCCUUACAGAAACCUACAGGUAGGUUACAUUGUUGUCCACACCUAUUUCCUGGAAACAUAAAUAAUAAAGUGGCCUUGAUGUUUGAGCAUCUAGCUCUACUGGUUGAGUUGCAAUUUUUAACAUGCAUUUCUUAAUUAGUCACGCGGAUCUUAUUAUGAAAUUGUAUCGUGACCUUGUAUUGAAUCGUGGUAUAGGAACCUUCACCUGUAAGUCCCUAUGUAUUAUAGUUUGGAUGGUACAUUUUCAAACAUACUUGCAUGUAGUCCUUCAAUUGACAAAACGUAUUUUCAUGAAAUGUCUAAUCUGGACAAUCAGUUCACACGAAAGCCUACUGCGUCCUCUUCUGGUUAGGAAAAUGCAGAACACCUUUUUGUCAUCAGC